AUGGACACUCUGGACCUGUGCCCGACACCACCCGUGCGACUGCACUUACCUCUGAACCUGUGCUCAACCCCGAACCUCCGCCUUCCCCUGCAUCUGCACCCGCCUUCGAACCUGCACCCACCUUCAAACCUGCACUCGACCCCACCCCUGCCCCUGCAUCUGCACCCGCCUUCAAACCUGCACUCGACCCCACCCCUGCCCCUGCAUCUGCACCCGCCUUCGAACCUGCACUCGACCCCACCCCCGCCUCUGCAUCUGCACCCACCUUCGAACCUGCACUCGACCCCACCCCCGCCCCUGCAUCUGCACCCACCUUCGAACCUGCACUUGACCCCACCCCCGCCCCUGCAUCUGCACCCACCUUCGAACCUGCACUCGACCCCACCCCCGCCCCUGCAUCUGCACCCACCUUCAAACCUGCACUCGACCCCACCCCUGCAUCUGCAGCCGCCUUCGAACCUGCACUCGACCCCACCCCCGCCCCUGCAUCUGCACCCACCUUCGAACCUGCACUCGACCCCACCCCCGCCCCUGCAUCUGCACCCGCCUUCGAACCUGCACUCGACCCCACCCCCGCCCCAGCAUCUGCACCCGCCUUCGAACCUGCACUCGACCCCACCCCCGCCCCUGCAUCUGCACCCGCCUUCGAACCUGCACUCGACCCCACCCCUGCCCCUGUAUCUGCACCCGCCUUCAAACCUGAGCCUGCCCCUUCAUCUGCACCCACCUUCGAACUUGCACCCGACUCCACCCCGACCCCGCUUCGGCACCUUCCUUCGAACCUGCGCCCGACUCCACCCCCGCCCCCACAUCGGCACCCGCCUUUGA